AUGGGCAGCGGGGCCGGCAUUCCGAGUGGUGAGGGCAGUGGUACUGGCGGUAGCGGUGGCUAUGGUUCUGGGUCCAACCGGGGCAAGCCAUACACCAAAGACGAGAGCAUUGCCGUGGCGAAGGCUUGGGAUGCUAUCACUUCGGACCCCGUGGUGGGCACAGAUCAGGCCGAGGGGAGCUUUUGGAGGCGCGUCAUGUUUGCAUACGAGGAGUUCAAACCCGACGGCGCCGAGAGGCGCGACCCAGAACAACUCCGGAAAAAGUGGGGUAGGAUUCUCCAUGCGACCAAGCGGUUCGCUUCCAUAUACGAGAACAACCUUCGCCACGCUGAGAGUGGCCGCAGCGCAACAGAUGUUAAGAACCUGUCUGAUGGCCAAUACCACACGGAGGGCUGGCCGAAGUUUACCUUGUGGGAAGAGUAUCUUGUCCUCGCGGAUUGUCCGAAAUUCAGGUCGAUCGUGGCGAACGAGGUGGGAACAGCUCCUGGGCCAAAGCGCACAAGGCACAACCUUGUCGGCGACUACAGUAGUGGAAGCGGCUCGCAAGAGUUCGAGCAGUCCGACGAACAAGUCGAAGAGCCAGCCGAUACUCACACUAGGCGACGACGGCCCAUGGGACAACAUGCCUCUAUCCGCAGCGCCAGAGGGGGUAGAAGGGCCUCCCGCCUAUCGGCGGGCGCGUCCGGAUCGCGCAUCCACCAGCCCGCCCCAAUCCCAUAG